AUGUAUGAAAUAAAGAACAUUGUACCCACAAAUGAUUUUCAUGAAUGCAGGUGUUACAACGCCUGUCCUUCAACAACAUUUGAGUUAUUGGAAGACCUAGAAGAGGAAACAGGGCUACUUGAGGGAGUAGUCGAGUCGGUUUCUUUUGAAAGCAAUUUAAUAGAGGUACAAGAGCAGUAUUACAGCAUUCCUUAA